GGAGAAGCAAAAACCAUCUGCUGAGGGCAAAAACAAGACACCAACUAAAAAGGAUAAGUCGAAAGACGACGAAGAUGAAGUCAAACAUAAGACCAGACCUCUGAGAGACGACGAAUGUCUCUUCGAUCCUCAGGUGAAGCUGAAUCUUAUCACAACCGAGACCCAUCCGAUUGCCUACAAACGUUACAGACCCAUACGGUUGAUCGAUCCUAUAGAGAAUCCAAAGCCUAUCCCUCCAACAGGCGUCGAUCAAAACGAAAUCGACAGUCAAGACUUUCUAACGCCAUUUCGUCCAAUUUUACAUGCCGUUUCCUAUGCCCAUUGGCAUGCAAAGAUGAUUGAUGAACUUAUCAGAAACAAAGACUUUGUCGAAUAA